AACAACUGUCAAACAUACACGCCGGCUAUUGUUGUUUUCCGUACCAGCGGGCAACAUUUUUGCGUCCAUUCACGUACAAAAACAGCAAAAUAGUGUAGUUUUUCCGGCUUUCCCGGAAUGAUAUAAGUGUAGGGGGAAUCAGUGAAGGAAAUUGCACCACAAUUGAGUUUGGCCUGAGGUUCUUUCAGUUCGCAUAGCGCCGGCAACGGCAAUGUUUUCCCUGUGCAAGCAGCCGCACGAAGCGACGGCGGUCGAGUUUUCGCUUACGUGCCAUUUCUUCAACCACAAUGAAAAAUCGCUCGUUACCGGCGGUGCCAACGUGCUCAAGGUGUACCGCGUCAUCCCGGACGCGGAUCCGGCCACGCGGGACAAGUACACUGCGGCACGACCCCCGAACAUGAAGCUGGAAUGUGUGGCAUCGUACCGGCUGAAUGGUAACAUCAAAUCGAUGCAAUCGGUAUCGCUGGCCGGUUCGCUGCGGGACGCGCUGCUCAUCAGCUUUCCGGACGCGAAGCUCUCGGUGGUACAGUUCGAUCCGGACAACUUCGAUCUCAAGACGCUGUCGCUGCACUACUUCGAGGAUGAGGACAUCCGCGGUGGCUGGACGGGCCACUACCACAUACCGAUGGUGCGCGUCGAUCCGGACAACCGGUGCGCGGUGAUGCUGGUGUACGGGCGCAAGCUGGUGGUGCUGCCGUUCCGCAAGGACAGCUCGCUGGACGAGAUCGAGCUGCAGGACGUGAAGCCGAUCAAGAAGGCGCCGAUGCAGCUGGUAGCCAAGACGCCCAUUCUGGCGUCGUACAUCAUCGAGCUGAAGGAUCUGGACGAGAAGAUUGACAACGUGAUCGAUAUACAGUUCCUGCACGGGUACUACGAGCCGACGCUGCUGAUACUGUACGAGCCAGUACGAACGUUUCCGGGUCGUAUUGCUGUUCGUUCCGAUACGUGCACGAUGGUGGCAUUGUCGCUAAACAUUCAGCAGCGUGUGCAUCCGGUCAUUUGGACGGUAAACAGCCUGCCGUUCGAUUGCAUACAGGCGAUCCCGAUCAACAAACCGAUCGGGGGGUGUUUGGUGAUGUGCGUCAACUCGCUGAUCUACCUCAACCAGAGCGUCCCACCGUACGGUGUUAGCUUGAAUAGUAGUGCCGAUCAUAGCACAAGCUUCCCAUUGAAACCACAGGACGGUGUGCGGAUCAGCCUGGAUGCGGCGCAGGUUUGCUUCAUUGAGCCGGAAAAGCUUGUCCUCUCGCUCAAGGGCGGCGAGCUGUACGUGCUGACGCUCUGUGCCGACUCGAUGCGCAGUGUGCGAAACUUUCAUUUCAACAAGGCCGCCGCCAGUGUGCUGACGAGUUGUAUCUGUGUGUGUGAGGAUGAGUACCUUUUCCUUGGCUCCCGGCUCGGGAACUCGCUGCUGCUUCGCUUCAAAGAGAAGGACGAAAGCUUGGUGAUCACGAUCGACGACAGUGGGGCGGUCGAGAAGGAGCCGAAGCGACCGCGGCUGGAGGAGGAAGAGCUCGAGGUGUACGGCAGCGGGUACAAAACGUCCGUGCAGCUGACGAGCUACAUUUUCGAGGUGUGCGACAAUGUGCUGAACAUUGGCCCGAUCGCGCACAUGGCGGUCGGCGAGCGGGUGGCCGAGGAGGAUGCAGAAAACCAGCCCGACGUGCAGAUCGUGCAGAACAAGCUCGACAUCGAGGUGGUGACGUCGAGCGGGCACGGCAAGAACGGCGCCCUGUGUGUGCUGCAGAGCUCGAUCAAACCGCAGGUCAUCACCAGCUUCGGCCUGUCCGGCUGUGUGGACGUGUGGACGGUGUUCGAUGAGGCGGUGGCGCGCAGGGCGGAGGACGGCCCCUCGACCCACGCGUUCAUGAUACUGUCGCAGGAGGGCGGCACGAUGGUGCUGCAGACGGGCGAGGAGAUCAACGAGAUCGAAAACACGGGCUUCGCGACGACGGUGCCCACGAUCCACGUGGGCAACAUCGGCACGAACCGGUUCAUCGUGCAGGUGACGACGAAAUCGAUCCGGCUGCUGCAGGGCACCCGGCUGCUGCAGAACAUACCGAUCGAUCUCGGCUGCCCGCUCGCGUCCGUCGCGAUCGUCGAUCCGUACGUGUGCGUGCGGUCGUCCGAGGGGCGCGUGAUUACGCUCGCGCUGCGCGAGGGCAAGGGCACACCCCGGCUGGCGGUGAACAAGAACACGAUCAGCCCGACGCCGGCCGUGGUCGCGAUCAGUGCGUACCGGGACGUGUCCGGGCUGUUCACGAAAAAGAUCGAAGACGUGUACGAUCUCAGCAGGGGCGGCGCCGCGUCCGCGUACUCGAGCGGGUUUGGGUCGAUGAAGCCGGAGCCGCACAUGAAGAUCGAGGACGAGGAGGACCUGCUGUACGGCGAGUCGGGCCGCUCGUUCAAGAUGACCUCGAUGGCGGAUAUGGCGAUCGCGGGCAAGAGCGGGGGCAGCGCCGACUUCUGGAUGAAGUACAUGCAGCAGGUGAAGCCGACGUACUGGCUGUUUGCGGCGCGCGACAACGGCACGCUGGAGAUUUACUCCAUGCCCGACCUGAAGCUGGUCUACCUGAUCACGAACGUCGGCAACGGCAACAAGGUGCUGUCCGAUUCGAUGGAGUUUGUGCCGCUGCCGAUGGGCAAGAGCGCGUCGCAGGAGGACGCUAGCAGUGCGUUUGGGGCGAGCUUCGGCGUGUCCGCCUCGCUGCUGCCGAAGGAGAUACUGAUGGUGGCGCUGGGGAGUUACGGAUCCCGCCCGCUGCUCUUCAUACGGCUCGAGCACGAUCUGCUGAUUUAUCGCGUGUUUCGGUACGCGAAGGGCCACCUGAAGUUGCGCUUCAAGCGGCUAUCGACCAGCGUUACCUGUCCGGUGUUCCGGACGGUCCCGGCACGGUUCGCCAAUCUCGAUAGCAAGACAGCGGCCGGCAGCACGGAGCCGGAACCGUCCGGUGCAGGCGCAACGGAGGCGGCGAACGAGCAGCAGCAGGCACGCGCCACGAAGGUACUGUACGAGAACAUUUCCAUGAUACGCUACUUUGCCAACGUGUCCGGGUACGCGGGGGUGGCGGUGUGCGGCGAGAAGCCCUACUUCCUGUUUCUGACCGCGCACGGGGAGCUGCGGUCCCACCGGCUGUACGCGCGCACCGUGAUGAAAGCGUUCGCGCCGUUCAACAACGUCAACUGCCCGAACGGGUUCCUCUACUUCGACGAGCAGUACGAGCUGAAGAUAUCCAUCUUUCCGACCUACCUGUCGUACGAUUCCGUCUGGCCGGUGCGCAAGAUACCGCUGCGCAGCUCGCCCAAGCAGAUCGUGUACCAUCGCGAGAACAAGGUGUACUGUGUGGUGAUGGAUGCGGAGGAGAUAUGUAACAAGUACUACCGGUUCAACGGGGAGGACAAGGAGCUGACCGAGGAGAACAAGGGCGAGCGGUUCCUGUACCCGAUGGGGCACCGGUUCUCGGUGGUGCUCGUGACACCGGCCGCCUGGGAGGUGGUCCCCGAAACGUCGAUCAAUCUGGAGGAGUGGGAGCACGUGAUAGCGCUGAAGAACGUGAGCCUCACGUACGAGGGUGCCCGGUCGGGGCUGAAGGAGUACAUUGCGGUCGGCACGAACUUUAACUACAGCGAGGACAUCACGUCGCGCGGCCGGCUGCUGCUGUACGACAUCAUUGAGGUGGUGCCCGAGCCGGGCAAACCGCUCACCAAGCACAAGUUCAAGGAGGUGAUCGUGAAGGACCAGAAGGGCCCGGUGUCGGCGAUUUCGCACGUGUGCGGCUUUCUCGUCGGUGCCGUCGGGCAGAAGGUGUACCUGUGGCAGAUGAAGGACGACGAUCUGGUCGGCGUCGCGUUCAUCGACACGAACAUCUUCGUGCACCAGAUGGUUUCGAUCAAGUCGCUCAUACUGGUGGCGGACGUGUACAAAUCGGUGAGCCUGUUGCGCUUCCAGGAGGAGUACCGGACGCUGUCCGUGGUGUCGCGCGACUACCAUCCGCUGAACGUGUACCAGGUCGAGUACGUGGUGGACAACGCGAACCUCGGCUUUCUCGUGUCGGACGACCAGUGCAAUCUGAUCACCUACAUGUAUCAGCCGGAGUCGCGCGAAUCGUUCGGCGGGCAGCGACUGCUGCGCAAGAGCGACUACCAUCUCGGGCAGCAGGUGAACUGCAUGUUCCGGGUGCAGUGCGACUUCCACGAGACGGACGUGAUGAAGCGCACGCUCAACUAUGACAACAAGCACACGACGUUCUUCGCGACGCUCGACGGCGGCAUCGGGUUUGUGCUGCCGCUGCCGGAGAAAACGUACCGCCGGCUGUUCAUGCUGCAGAACGUGCUGCUGACGCACAGCCCGCACACGUGCGGGCUCAACCCGAAGGCGUACCGCACGAUCAAGCAGACGCGCAAGCUGCCCAUCAACCCGAGCCGGUGCGUCGUGGACGGCGAUCUGGUGUGGAGCUUUCUCGAGCUGCCGGCGAACGAGAAGCACGAGGUGGCGAAAAAGAUCGGCACACGCAUCGAGGAGAUCUGUGCCGAUCUGAUGGAGAUCGAGCAUGUGACGCAUGCGCUCUAGAGAGAUCGGGUCGGAUUAGGCAACGGCAAACGGAGCGCAGAGUGUUGUAAAGUUGGUCGAUAACAUUUAUUGCAAAAUAGCGUAAGUCUAGGUAGUGUAAGACAAGGUGGAAAGAUAUUCACGAUUGAAAAAGGAGGAAAACAAUAACAUCCAGUAGUGUAAUUUGAA